CUAACUACUACUAGCUGAAAGAUAACUAGAAGUUCUAGAGUCGAGUCUCUUUAUUAUUAUUAUUAAGGAACGCAGGACUGUCCUCCGGAGGUUACAGCUCUCUCGUCGAAUUCCCCCCACCACGAAGACAUCAUCGACCGUCCUCACCGGGAAUUGCCCCACCUAAUCAUUCCCGCCCACCACAGCAGCAGCAGCAGAGAACUCCCCUCAUCUUUCCCUCGCAACUGAUCAGAAGAAGAAGGGGUUAAGAAAAAAAAAUUGAAUUGGCUUAUUCAUUCUUCAUAUCCUAGAAUUACUAGUGUGAAAAAAAGCCAAGCCAAGCGAAAGAGGAACCUCGACCAACGUUCUUCCGCGCCGCCGUUAAAUAAAAAGCCUGCAAUCAUGGGUUACACCGAUCUUGAUCAAUUGGCCAUCAACACGAUCCGUACUCUUGCGGUCGAUGCCACCUUCAAGGCCAACUCCGGUCACCCCGGUGCCCCUAUGGGCAUGGCGCCGGUGGCCCACGUCCUCUUCAACAAGUUCAUGACCUUCAACCCCCAGAACCCCAAGUGGCUCAACCGGGAUCGUUUCGUUCUCUCGAACGGCCACGGUUGUAUGCUGCAGUAUGCCCUGCUGCACAUGUUCGGCUACAAGGUCUCUAUGGACGACCUGAAGAACUUUAGACAAAUUGACAGCAUCACCCCCGGUCACCCCGAGUCUCACGACACCCCUGGUAUCGAGGUCACCACUGGUCCCCUUGGUCAGGGUUUCGCCAACGCUGUCGGUCUGGCCAUUGCUCAGAAGCACACCGCAGCCAUUUUCAACAAGCCCGGAUACGACCUGGUCAACAACUACACCUAUGUCUUCUUCGGUGAUGGCUGUGCUAUGGAGGGUAUUGCCAGCGAGGCCGCCAGUACUGCUGGUCACUUGAAGCUCAACAACCUGAUUGCUAUCUACGAUGACAACCACAUCUCCAUUGACGGUGACACCAAGUGCGCUUUCACUGAGGAUGUCCUGAAGCGUUUCGAGGCCUACGGCUGGCACACCGAGUGGGUCAAGGACGGUGACCACGACCUUGAGGGUAUCGAGGCCGCCAUCAGGAGGUGCAAGGAGGUCAAGGACAAGCCCUCCGUCAUCAAGCUGACCACGACCAUUGGUUUCGGUUCCAAGCUCCAGGGUACCGGUGGUGUUCACGGAAACCCUCUGAAGCCUGACGACGUCCAGCACGUCAAGAAGCUCUUCGGUUUCGACCCUGAGAAGACCUUCGUCGUCCCCCAGGAAGUGUACGACCUCUACCACAAGCACGCCGCCGAGGGUGCCGCCAAGGAGCAGGAAUGGAACCAGCUCCUCCAGAAGUAUGGCACUGAGUACAAGGCCGAGUACGAGGAUCUCACUCGCCGUCUGACUGGCAAGCUGCCUGAGGGCUGGGAGAAGAACCUCCCUACCUACAAGCCUUCUGACCCUGCUGUCGCUUCCCGUAAGCUGUCUGAGGCUGUCCUCGAGAAGGUCCACGGUGCUAUCCCUGAGCUGCUCUCCGGAUCUGCUGAUCUGACUGGCUCCAACAACACCCGCUGGAAGAACGCCGUUGACUUCCAGCCCCCUGACCUCGGUAUUGGUGACUGGUCUGGUCGCUACCUGCGCUAUGGUGUGCGUGAGCACGGAAUGGCUGCUAUCAUGAACGGUCUCGCGGCCUAUGGCACCAUCAUCCCCGCCGGUGGUACUUUCCUGAACUUCGUCUCCUACGCUGCUGGUGCCCUUCGUCUGUCGGCGCUCUCUCGCGUCCGUGUCAUCCACGUGGCCACCCACGACUCCAUCGGUCUGGGUGAGGACGGUCCUACUCACCAGCCCAUUGAGACUCUGGCUCACUUCCGUGCCAUGCCCAACCUCAUGGUCUGGCGCCCUGCUGACGGCAACGAGACCAGCGCUGCCUACUACUCUGCCCUGACCGCCCAGCACACCCCUAGCGUUCUGGCCCUCACUCGCCAGAACCUGCCCCAGCUGGAGAACUCUACCAUUGAGAAUGCUCUGAAGGGUGGCUACACUGUUCUUCCCACUGCCAACCCCAGCGUCAUCCUCAUCUCCACUGGUUCCGAGGUCAGCAUCUGUAUCGAGGCUGCCACCUACCUCAAGGAGAAGCACAACAUCGAUGCCGCCGUUGUCUCCGUUCCCUGCUUCGAGGUCUUCGAUGCCCAGAGCAAGGAGUACAGACUCUCCGUCCUCCCCGACGGUGUCCCCAUCCUGUCCGUCGAGGCACUCAGCACCAUGGGCUGGGAGCGCUACUCUCACGAGCAGUUCGGUCUCAACCGCUUCGGUGCCUCUGGUCCCUACAAGGAGGUCUACAAGAAAUUCGAGUUCACUCCGGAGGGCAUCAGCAAGCGUGCCAUUGCCACGAUUGACUUCUACAAGGGCCACAAGGUCCGCUCCCCGAUCAACCGUGCUUUCCAGCAGAUUCUGUAAGCACCUCAUUGCAGGUGUUUGCUCUUCGUUGAUGACCAAAGUUAUGAUGAUGGUUUCCGGGAUGUAUUCGAUAUCAGAAAAUGGGUACCUCCCGGGGUUUUAGGGAUCUACGACCUUUCUUCAGCGUUUUAUUUGCGCCACUUCUUUACGCCGAAAUAAUUGGCCCCGAAGUAUCUAUAUUAGAGAUUAGAACAAAGGGCUGUUAAAAUAAAGUAUAUGUUUGUCACGCCAAAU